UGCUGGUUCCUUCCCUCUGUAGGUGUGUGGUGCCGUGGCCUUUUCACUGACUACAAGGAGGCGUGUCGGGAAGUGGUGGUGGGAUCGUGGGAGCGACCAAUCAAAGCCUCCAUAUACGCCUCUCUGCUGGGUGGGACCUGGGCCUGUUUCUACACCCGACCCGACCAGCAGGCCUUCGAAGCCACCCUUCUGGAUUGCUCUGGCCAGCUGGGCCUGCUGUCGCCCUGGAUCCGCAACGGGACCUCGGACGGACACGUACAGAGUCUGGGGAAACUCCGUAACGAGGGCCGGCUCCAUGUCCUCAGCCUGGGGAUCCUCGCUCUGGCUUACCAAGCCGACUACGACCCCGACGCCACACUGUACGAAGCCCAGUGCUCCAAUCUGUCCAUCCCCUGGAGGGAGCUCCAUGAACGCGUGCUCGAUGUGGGCUUCGUGGGCAGGUGGUGGGUGCUGCAAUCAAAGAUGAAGGACUAUGAUGUGAACGAGGAACAGUUCAAAGACCUGCCAGCAGACAUGCAGGCGACAUCUGCACCCAGUGUACAGGAGGUGGAGACGAGCGAGAGGCUGCACAAAGAGUCGUGGUUACCACUGACAGUGGAGAAGGAAGAGGAGGAGGAGGAGACGGAGACAAAUGUAACGGACAGAAAAGAGGAGGAGAGCCAAAUACAAGCUCUGAAAGAGGAACAGAUUCAAGCAUGAGUGCUGGAAACAGAACUGUACCACGGUAGUUAUUCUCAUUUUUUGUCAACAAACCCUUUUUAGUUUGCUCCUUUCAUCUACGGACUCUCCAAGCUGUUUACUGCAACCACAAACGACCAAGGAAAAGGAAACAUCCACAGCUUGUUCCCGUCAAAGUAAAAGCACCCCUUCCACAUCCUCAGUUUUUUUGUAUUUAUUCCAAACAAUUUAUUUUAUCUCAAAAAGUAAUGGAAAUCCUUUUUACCAUGCGUCAAUAAAUCAGUCAGUUAUCACCUCAUUUCUUAUCCUUUUUGUCCGACUUUAACACAUUUAAAGAGACUUCGUACUAAGAUAUAAAUAACAUACAAUGCCUAUUGGUCCAUGUUUGACUCGACGCUCGUGAACUGUCAACAGGAGGGCGGGGGGAGCCUCGCUGCGGGGAAGCACUGUGUGGACCUGUCAGCGCAACUUGCAUGAUGCCGAAUUCAACAA